AUGGCCAGAGGUUGGGCGUUCUCCGCCCCUUCUCGGUUCGCGCGUGGGACAGCGUCUCGACCUUUCCAAAUAUCUCACUUACAUGUCGAAGAAUGUCAUAAGCUCCCAAGGCUGCAUGCUAGAAUGAGCAAGUCACAUGUGGAAAUUGGUCUCACGAUGGUCGGAUGGAUCUGCUUGAGAUCUCGAUUGGCACUGGUCCCUUCGCUGCGGUGCUUAGAAGCAUGGCUGUCUGCAAUACCUGGACUGUGGGUGGAACACUGUUCUGCGGCCGACCGAGCAUGUAUACGGCAGGACGGCGAGGUAAAGGGUAUACAAUCUUUCCAAUGGAGUUGGAAGGGUGGCGUGUUAGGCACGGCCUUCUCCAGUAUCACCAAGCAAAGCAUGGCAGUCGGUAGUGCGUACUGGCGCUGCAAUCAGUGGAGACAAGCAAGCAGAAUUCGAUCGGAGUCGUGUGGGUACCUUCUUGGAGAAAUUCGAGAGAGACCAGAUUCGGUGGUCAUCGCUCCUGAGUUGGGAAGGUCAGUGGGUAUGCGCUUGAGAAGUACGCGCGCUUCUAACAUCCUUCAUGCGAUCAUUCUCGCAAGAUUGUUUUCUGCUUGGGCAAGUAUCUAUGAUGAAAAGCAGAGCCAUGGCUGCGACUGCCUCCAUAAUCUAUAA